AUGCUUUUCACCCACAUUUCCACCUUCUGCCCGCAAUUUCCAUACCCCACCGUUUGGAGAAAAAGGACGCUAUCGGGGCACCAGGCUCAGACUGGACCACCACCGAAGAAGUGGGGGUUUUUGCUAACCCAUUUCCCGUUUAGCUGCAUGCCUUCGGAGCUCUCCUGCCCGCCUCCUCCAAUACCCGCAGAGAGAAUUCCCGGAGAGGAGGCCCUGGACACACCCUCUCUCCCUGACUCUCACACCGACUUCCCACCGUCGAAUAGCACCAUCUUCUCAGCCUGCUGCGGGGCCUGGUUGAUCCACUUCGCCUCGUUUCAAUCCAUUGGCCCAUUAUCGUUGAAUGACUGCAGUAGUGCGACCGCUAGGCAGGCAUGGGCAGCCUACUGGCCGGCCAGGCUGCGGUUUCUAGCGUAUCCUAAGGGUACGGCUUGCACCUUCAAUUCGGGGAACCUGCCUUUCGUUUAAAUAAUACUCGAUAUGGAGUGCUGUGAAGAUCAAUUGCUCCGACAUUUGGUUUCAUUGCGUGGGACGCCGUUCUGAUCCAGCGAUUGUAAUGUCAAAGACUUCCGUAGUCCAUCAUGACAGUCAAUUUGGUGUGUCUCAUUUGGAGAUGCAAGCCGCUAGUUUCGAGAGAUCAUUGGCUUUAUAGCUAGCUGUCGAUAAACUUAGUAGGGAAGCAAGCCAGUAUUCACAAC